UGUUGUCCCGGUAGCACGACUUUACGCGCCUUUAAUUUGAAGAGUUCCACUAAUGGAAAUGAUAAGUAAACCAGGCCAAACAACUGAAGACUUUUAAGAUGAUUGCAUUCCUUUUGUAUCUAUGACUAAAACCGAUAUCAUCUGUAUACCUUCGAUAUCGAAAGCGAAACAACACCUGAAAAGAAAGUGAAAUGUCAGGCGAAUCUCUCCUAUCGAAAUUCAAAGGCGCAUUGGUUGGUGCCGUUCUUGGAGAUUGUAUCGGUUCUGUAUUUGAGGGGUUAUGGGCAAGGAGUAUUGCAGUGGAAAAAGUCUUGAAAAGUAUUGACAAACUCGAGUCGGAGUUUGGUAAUCACUCAGAAUCCCAAAAUUCUGACAAGGAACAAAAUGUGGUAUGGGAAUACACAGAUGACACUGCAAUGGCUAGAAGUGUGGCCAAGUCGCUGAUCGAGAAGAAAGGUCUAGAUCCUAAACACAUGGCUCAAAUGUUUUCGGAAGAGUACUUUAAAGAACCGUAUCGAGGAUAUGGAGGCAGCAUUAUAACGGUGUUCUCUAAGCUACAGGAAUCAAGUUAUGUUGACCCCUAUAAACCAGCAGCACAACAGUUUGAUGGCAGUGGCUCUUAUGGCAAUGGCGGCGCCAUGAGAAUAGUUCCUGCUGCUUUAUUUGCGUACAGCCAAAAUGAUAUCAAGAAUUUGACAGAAUUAGUGGAACAGAUCACCAGGAUUACACAUUACCACCCCUCCGCGGUGGACGGGGCAGUGUUUCAGAGUUACGCAGUGGACAUGGCUCUAAGGGGACCAAGCGAACUAAAUAUAGAAUCAUUCUGUGAUGACCUACAGAAAAAAAUGAAACAAAGAGAGGAAAAUGAAGGCAAAGAUGCGAAGAGAAGAAAAGUAGAAACCGAGGACGACAAACUGCCCGCGGUAAAGUCAUCCUCGGAAUUUCCAUACACAAAUAUUGUAGACGAAAUAAGGAAAUAUGCCAUGCAGGAUACUCUCCCCUCUAGUGAAGAAAUCUUUGAAAUCCUAGGGACUGACAUUUCAGCCUACAGAUCUGUUCCAGCCGCUGUCUAUUCCUUCCUCAGGGCUUCCAAACACAUAGACAAACUAGAGGACAGAAACUCAUUCGAAAAGACCAUAAUUUUGGCAAUAACACUUGGAGGCGAUACUGACACUAUAGCUACUAUGGCAGGUGCCAUCGCAGGAGCCCACUAUGGGAUAGAAUCUAUUCCAAAAUCCUGGCAGGUCGGCUGUGAAGCUGUCGAUGAGGCUUUGAAGUUCGCACAACAGCUCUACCAGAUUUCAAUAUCUGAUGAGUGACUUUACAAUAAUUUAGCGGUAUCUUGCAACUGCCUUCAACCUACACGUCUGUGCAUGAAGGAUACUGUGUACCUCAUAUUACUAGAUUCAAUUCAUAAGGACAUGAACUUUUAACAAUAUUUAUUGGUAAAACAUAUUUACACAAUCUAAUUAAAAUUAGCUGUUUUUAAUUAGAUUGACAUUCACACUUUAUAAUCUGUUGAUAAAAUGAAGCACAACAAUGCAAUGUGUGCGUAAAAAGGAUUGAAAUAUUCUAAAAUCCUGACAGGUUCAAUGACAAUCUAAUUAUCUCAGCAAUGGAGGAAUCUUUCACAUACAGUGCAUGUUCAUUUAUUUUAGUUCUCCAUUUUACAUGUCAGUGUUAUAUUUCACAAACAGACACACAUGUGUAUGUAUCAACUGACUGUGAUAAUUUAUACAUAACCUUUCUCAUAAUGAAAUAAAUUUAAAUAAAUCA